GGCUGAGCCGGCCGUGGGGCCGGGCUGCGGCUCCUUGGGGCCGGAGGCGGCGGCGGAGGCUGUAGCCCCGCGCGGACGGGCCGGGGCGCAGCAGGGUCUCGGGGCUGCGCCGCUCCGGCGGGUCCCGGGCGCUGCGGCGUGGAGACAGUCCGAGGCGGGGCGGGGCGGGGCGCGGCCGCCUCCCGCAGCUCAAAGCGCGGCCGCGCCCGCCUCGGCGCAGCACCGGCGUGGCUGCGCGGGAGGCAGGAGGGAACAAGAAGAACAGGAUUCUGGUCUGCAGGGGAGAUACCAAUGACCUAUAUAAACUCCCUUUCUUACAUGUCAUUCCAUUUUUCUGAUAUGGAGUACCUGAUGAAAUACCUUAAUUAUGGGGUCACCACAGUGGUGGUGGCUUCAAUAUUAGCCUUUUGUUUAACUCCUGUUAUGGUCUUAUUCUGUAAAUGCUUCAGUUUACUUUAUAUUACAAUUUAUCACAGGAGUUCUAAGCUAAAAACAAAUUGUUCUGAUGAUUUCUGGCAUGAUGCAAGGCAAACUUUGGCAUACUUUUGGGAUUUGUAUGCAAGAAUAUGGUAUGGUUAUGAGCUUCAUGGUUUGAAAAAUAUACCAGAAGGACCAGCUCUUCUUAUUUAUUACCAUGCAGCCAUUCCUAGCGAUCUCAUGUUCUUUCUAGCUAGGUACUUUAUCUUGAAACGCCGGCUGUGUAGCUCUGUAACUGAUCAUGUGGUCCAUAAAAUACCAGGCCUUAAAACAUGUUUAGAAUCUCUUAAGUUUCUUCAUGGUACAAGGGAAGAAUGUAUGAAUGCACUGAAAAAUGGUGAACUGGUAUGUAUUGCACCAGGUGGUGCUCGAGAAGCAUUGUUCAGUGAUGAAACUUACAAACUUGUAUGGUGUAAUCGUAAAGGCUUUGCUCGCCUGGCUAUAGAUGCAAAAGUGCCCAUCAUUCCAAUGUAUACCGAAAAUGUUCGGGAAGCAAGUAGGAUGCUUAAAGAAAGGAAAUUAAUUAGGUGGCUAUAUGACACUCAUCGAGUGCUAAUAGUCACACCAUAUGGAGGACUUCCAGUCAAACUUCGCACGCACAUUGGAGAACCCAUUCCAUAUGAUCCCAAUAUAACUGCCGAGGAACUAGCUGAGAAGACAAAGACUGCACUCCAGAAUCUGAUACAAAGACACCAACAAAUACCAGGAAGCAUGUGGAAGGCUUUAUUGGCACGUUUUGAUAAACCACAAAAAGAUGAUUAGAAAAUAUCACCUCUUUAUGGACUCAUUAAGUAUAAAAUACAAAAUUACAUGUACUUCAAUAAGCAAUCCUCUGAAAAUUCAUGGUAAAUUCUAUAGAAAUGGUUGCUAGUAGAUUAUCGUUGAUAUUGCAUAUAUAAUUUACUGGUUUCUGUAUAACUGGAAAUGAUUUGAUUAUGUUGUAAAGGCUCCAUUCUGCAGUGUUUACCCAAGCAAGAUUCCUGAUGAUUUCAAUGGGAAGCUUGCUUGAGUGUGGACGGCAGCAAUGGAUGGGGAGAUAAUGCAAAAAGAUGCAUUUUUGCCAAGGUAGUGAACCAAAAGCAAAGAGGGUUUGGUUCUUAGUGGUUACUUUUAUAACCCAACCUUCAUUUUUUUUUUUUUUUCUUAGAUAGAUAUAGAAAGGCAUUCCCUUCCAUUUCCCAACUAUUUCUGACUUUUUCUCUCCCUCUCUCUUCCCUAUAAUUAUGAGUAAGCUAAGACAUAGGAUAAGCUCUAGCAUUUUAUGUUGGUAGAAAGUAUGGGGUUUUUUUUCCCCUCUCUCUCCUUCUUUGCAAAUAAGUGCCCUGUUAUUUUGAUAUGGAUAUCCACUGUUUUAUAUUGUAUGAUUUUUACUGUCUUAUAUUGUGUGAUUACUGUUUCACUGAUUUUCUUACUGAUACUAUAUGAUUUAGGCCUACAUGUGUAAGUUGGCAUAAGUCAUGUCAAACUUCCAUUUUGUAUGUCAAUCCUCCAUCUUGUGUCCUUGUGUAACUUACGUUGUAACUGUGACUCAUGUCUAACCAGUCUCGUGUAAAUUGGUUCCUGAAUGAAUGAGGGUGCUUGAGGUACAGUGGUGGCAGGCCUCUACUGAAUGACCAACUCAACAACUGGACCAUCAAUUCAAAGACCAGACCAUUGCCUUAUAUUAACUCACCCAGGAACCAUGGACCUCACCCAGGAACAGAACAGAAACCCAGCAUUUGAAAGACAGACUGCUGCAGAAAUCAGCCAACCCACCAUUGCACCUGAAACUGCAUGCUUUUACCUGGAGUGCACAUGCUCAGUACACUAGGUCUGACCCUUGCCUGAGCGUGCCCCUGCUACUAGGGUCAUAGAAAGUCUGCCCCUAUAAGAGGGGUAGGGAAGACAGACCCAGCGGGAAUAUCAUUUCCAUCCGGAUCAGACCAGCUCCACGUCACACCUAUCCACCCCAGAGGCCCUGCCGGCAACCCUCUCUGGACAACGCCUUGCUGAAGGAGACCUCCUGGACUUCAGUCCCUCUACUAAGCCUUUUUCUCUUCUGCUACCAUCGUGUGAGUGGGGGGGGGGAAAUCAAUUUUGUGCUCUGUGUAGUGCAUUGCCUGUUUAAUAAAACUGUUAAUUUAGAACCCUGA